CUAUGGCCCCAUCUUCCCCAUUUGGCAACAACACUGCCAUUCAGUGGCUGCCUGCUCCGACUGUUGCUGGCAGUGUCAAGGAGGCGCCGUUUCCCCCUUUUCUUCAUAAAUCUCUCUCUUUUUCUUCAUUUUUACCCCCUCCCUCUCUCUCUCUCUUUCAAUGCCAUUUUCAUUCAUCAUCAAUGACCAUUUUCAUUUUUUUUAAAAAAGACCCCUUUAUUCUUUAUAACGUUGCUGACACUCUCACCUGCUUCUUCACACACACAACAGCAUGGUUGGUCCAAGAUCAGUUCCUCAUUGGCUUGGAAUUCUGCUUGGUGAAAAAUUCUUUGAUCCUUGUUUACUUCAUGAAUCUGCUAAGAAAAAUGAAAAGAACAUUUUUUGCUUGACUUGUUGUAUUACUAUAUGUCCUCAUUGCUUGCCUCUUCAUCGUCCUCAUCGUCGUUUACAGAUAAGAAGAUAUGUUUAUCAAGAUGUUAUAAGGUUGAGUGAUGCUCAAAAGUUUAUCAAUUGUUCCCUUGUUCAACCUUACACAACAAACAGUGCCAAAGUAGUGUUUUUGAAUGAAAGGCCAAUGUCAAGACCAUUUAGAGGCUCUGGUAAUUUCUGUAUAAAAUGUGACCGUAGCUUACAAGACCCAUUUCUGUAUUGUUCCAUCUCUUGUAAGAUCAAUCAUAUAGAGAGUUCCAAGCCUGGUGGGAAAAAACUUGAACCCCCAAGCAAUGAAUUGCUUCCAUUUUUAUACAAAACCAGGACUGAUUUCAGCUUCUUAGAUCUCCAAGAGGAUCCUCAAAUGGCUUAUGACUUUGGCAAUGGUGGUGGUGGUGAUGGCAAUGCAAUGAACUGCAAGGCCAACAAAAGAAGCUCCAUUUUAAUGCCACAAGCUGAAAGUAAUAGCCGCAGGAAAGGUGUGCCUCACAGAUCACCUUUGAAUUGAAUGUUAUAAACAAAUAUAUAUAUUUAUGUUGUCGUGUGUGCUUUUAGGAAGAUAAUGAUAAUGACCUAUGGGGGAUGUUUUGGCUCUCCCCCAAUUUUGUAGGGUUUAGUAUUAUUAAAAUUUAGACAAUCACCUAUAAUUUUAUUAUAAU